GAGAGAGAGAUGCAGGCGUGACAUCAGUCUGUCUGCUGUUGUAUCCGGGAGGAUGAACGUGUCUGAGUCCACGGUGUAACGUAAACGGGAGAGAGGCGAUGCAACCGCUCCUGAUGCUCUGCGCUUCUCCCUCUUCUUCUCCUUCCGCUCCUUCUUCUCCUGCUUCACUCCUAUUCUUCACGCUUCCCAGGCCGUACGGGGACUGACGGAGCCCGGUCACACUCCCAUACAGAGGAGGAUUUACACAGAGAGCCGAGCCUGUCCCGGACCUCCAUUGGCAAACAUCAGCGGCAGUGAGCCCCAGCUGUGGCCGGUGGGCAUGGUUUUGGAGGGUAGCUCAGAGGCGCUGUGUCCCCCCCCAUCUCUGGAGCUGCGCCCAUCCUGCAACAAGAGCCAGCCCUCGCCUCCUCUGGGCUCAAGCUCACAACCCCACGACGGAGUCUUCCCAGAGGACAAGGAGCCUGUCAAGUACGGCGAGCUCAUCGUCUUAGGGCACAAUGGGUCACUGGCAAAUGGGGACAAAGGUCGCAGAAGAAGUCGCUUGGCCCUUUACAAGAGACCCAAAGCCAAUGGGGUCAAACCUGAUGUUAUCCAUAAUGUCUCAACUCCUCUGGUGUCAAAGGCACUCAGCAACAAAAGCCAGCACAGCAUCUCCUACACACUGUCACGGAGCCACUCUGUCAUUGUGGAGUACACCCAUGACACCAACACAGAUAUGUUUCAGAUUGGCCGUUCCACAGAGAGCAUGAUUGACUUUGUGGUGACGGACACAGCAGGCAGCAGUGGUGGUCAGGGUGGGGGUGCGGCGGGAGAGGGUGGAGGUGCAGGUCAGUCAGCCCAGAGUACCAUCUCCCGCUACGCCUGUCGCAUCAUGUGUGAACGCAGUGCUCCCUACACCGCCCGCAUCUAUGCCGCUGGGUUCGACUCCUCUAAGAACAUCUUCCUCGGGGAGCGGGCUGCCAAGUGGAGGACAUCGGAUGGCUUGAUGGACGGCCUGACUACCAACGGGGUGCUGGUGAUGCACCCUGCAGGAGAGUUUGUGUCUGAGCCAGCUCCGGGCGUCUGGAGGGAAAUCUCAGUCUGUGGCAAUGUCUUUGCCCUGAGGGAGACCCGUUCAGCCCAACAGAGGGGAAAACUGGUUGAAAAUGAGUCAAAUACCCUCCAGGACGGUUCUCUGAUUGAUCUGUGUGGAGCUACCCUGCUGUGGAGGACUCCUGCCGGAUUGCGCCACACCCCCACCCUCAAACAGCUAGAGUCCCUUCGGCAAGAGCUGAAUGCCGCCCGGCCCCAGUGUCCCGUGGGCUUCAACACCCUGGCCUUCCCCAGCCUGGCCCAGCGUGAGAUUGUAGACAAGAAGCAGCCCUGGGUUUAUGUCAACUGCGGCCACGUACACGGCUACCACAACUGGGGGUACCGGAAGGAGAAAGGUCCUGCAGGCCCUGGAGGCACAGCACCAGCCAGCACCGGGGAGAGGGAGUGCCCCAUGUGCCGGAGAGUAGGCCCCUAUGUACCACUGUGGUUGGGCUGUGAGGGCGGAUUGUACCUGGAUGCUGGGCCACCCACUCAUGCGUUCUGCCCCUGUGGCCACGUAUGUUCAGAAAAGACAGUCGUGGGGUGGAGCCAGAUCCCAUUACCCCAUGGCACCCAUGCCUUCCAUGCUGCCUGCCCCUUCUGUGGUACCUGGUUGACAGGGGAGCAGGGCCACAUCAAACUCAUCUUCCAGGGCCCCGUCGACUGAAGCCUAGACCUGGGAGCCACUCAGAGGAAAGUACUGAUGGAUCACAGAGGACGACCUGCUGACUAAAGACUGUGUGCUAUAACAGAAAUGUGAACACACUGAUGACAAAUACAGGAAAGGGACUGUUGACAUGAUGAGCUGAAAGCAACAUGCAAUAGUAUAUGCCAAGGCUUCACGUGGAUUAUGAGGUGUAUGGAGAGUAUGUAAAUAAAUUGUGUUGAAAUGAA